GCCUGGAGAGGAGGGGGCGGUGAGCAGCUGCCGGAGCUCAGACCUCGCGCAGACCACCGGAUUCAAGGGCAUGGCUUCUGACGGGGUCCCGAGGAGGGUCGGGGUGGUGGGCUACGGCCGCCUUGGACAGUCCCUUGUUUCUCACCUGCUGACUCAGGGACCAGAACUGGGCCUCGAACUUGUUUUUGUCUGGAAUCGUGACCCAGGACGAAUGGCAGGGACCGUGCCCCCCUCCCUGCAGCUCCAGAACCUCGGCGCCCUCGGGGAGAGGCACCCCGACCUUGUAGUGGAAGUGGCCCAUCCCCAAGUAAUCCAGGAAUCGGGGGCACAGAUCCUGCGCUACGCCAAUCUCCUGGUGGGGUCCCCCUCAGCCCUGGCGGACCAGGCCACAGAGCAGCGGCUCCUGGAGGCCUCGCACCGCUGGGGCCACGCUGUGUUUGUGGCCCGGGGGGCCCUGUGGGGCACGGAGGACAUCGCCAGAUUGGACGCGGCUGGGGGCCUCCAGAGUCUUCGUGUCACCAUGGCCACGCACCCCGAUGGCUUCCGGCUUGAGGGACCGCUGGCCGCAGUGCGCAGCACUGGGCAUCGCACUGUGCUCUAUGAAGGGCCUGUCCGCGGGCUCUGCCCCUUUGCCCCCCGCAACUCCAAUACCAUGGCGGCCGCUGCCCUGGCUGCCCCCAGCCUGGGCUUUGACCGCGUGGUUGGAGUGCUUGUGGCUGACCUCAGCCUCACAGACAUGCACGUGGUGGACGUGGAGCUGAGUGGCCCCCCGGGCCCCGCAGGACGGAGCUUCGCUGUGCACACCCACAGGGAGAACCCCGCAGAGCCGGGCGCAGUCACGGGCUCUGCCACCGUUACCGCCUUCUGGCGCAGCCUCCUGGGCUGCUGCCAGCUCCCUCCCAGGCCGGGGAUCCAUCUCUGCUGAGAAGGCUCCUCCUUCCCUAGUGGACGUCUUCGUCUCAUUUACGUCCCCCCACUACCAGCCCGCUGCUGCCCUGGCCUCGGUUACCCCGGACGUCCCUCCUGUCUCAGUAAAUACUGGGGACUCCUCCCUGCAAGGUCUAGUGUC